UUUAAAAGCCGGGCUUCUAAUAUAGAAAAUCAGGUGAGUCGUCCCUUAAAACAUUAUUUGACAUAUCUUAUGGAAUAUUCUUAUGUUAAUGUUUAAAAAAGGUUUUUGUGUUUAAUGUUGUCUUGUCUUUCCUAAUUUGGCAGCUGGGCCCUUUGUUCCGAAAACAAUUUCCCUCUUUUGACUCUUUGGAUGUUCUAUCCUUUGCGUAAGUUGAUAUUGAACUUUAAGUUGCAUUUUAAGAGUCCUUCAAAAAAGAAUAUGCUCUUUAAUGCAAUAAUUAUUGACUACUUUUGUAGAAAUGGAUCAGUCGUCAACACAAUGAAGCUUCAAUUCCUAAGCGUCUCUGUACCUAAUAUUACUGAGAUUGGAAAAGUUUUAAUAAAUGCAGCUACAAACGUCACUGACUUCCAUAUUGAAACAAGUUCCAUCAUCAUAAAGGGCAUACGUAAGAAACAAUGCUACAUUCUCAAGACUUCAGUCUGAAAAUGAUUUGUAAAACGAACUAAAUAUUUCUGUCAUUUUUAGCUUCAAGUGGAUUAAGUCUCAUCCCAUCAAUCUCCCUUGUGCUUGCAUCAUGGCUAUUAUCACUACAACCGUAAUUUAUUGACAUUCUUUGGAGCUUCCAUGAAAGAAUGACUGCUAUGUCAUCAAAGGGAAAUGCACAGAUCACAAAUACAUCAGUUGCACCUAACUAGUAAUAUUUGUUGAUCAAGAAUCCUGGACAGAAUGUCACUACCAACUGCGAACUGAUGGUGCACAUCAAUACAUGCAAUAGUGCUGUGGAAAAAAAUGUUUUUUUUGCACUUAUGCAACAUUAAUUAUUGCGAACAAAUAAAAUGUUUCUCGUGUGACUCUUGUUGUUGUUUCUUUUCGUAAUGGUUUCAGACAAAAUAUUUGUUUUAGAACAAGAUCUCUUAAAUUAUAUCCUGAAAAAAAUAACAAUUUUAUGAAAAAAAUUUUAUGAAAAAAAUUUCAUUUUAAGGAAAUAAUAUUAACAAUUAUAAUAGAUUGUCAUCAAUUACUCUUGUAUCUCACAAUUACAUGUCUACAUAACCUGGACGAACUAUAGCUUAAAUAUCUAUAGCUUAAACUGAGUUUUUGCUGGACACUGCCCCCCCGCCCCCCAACUCCCCACCCCGAGUUACUUCCGGUCUACUUCCUGGGCUUCACUUUAACCUCAGUGUUAACUGCACGGGCGUGCGAAAACCGAAACGUGAAGAUAUAUGGAUCAUGGUGUUUACAACAGGACUCUGCCAACUGCGAUUGGGUUCGAGAACUCUAUAAGGAGUAGUCGUUUGGUCCAGUUGUGAUCUAAUUUUAACUCUCAUGCUGUGGAUAAAGGGUGGCGCUUACUGCGUGUCUCCAAUCUGUCGCCUCGUCACCAGAGGGACAGAUGGCACAUCCAAGCCGCGCUGCUGGGGGGGCUGAAACUGACUGUUAUGGCAUGGAGGAUGAGCACUAGCCGUUAAAAUAAAGAGACAGAGAUCGCUCUGCUGCUGCUGUUUGUGCACUUAACGUGGCGCGAUUUUUAUUUAUUAAUUAUUUUUUUACUGGCGUCAUAGACACGACGCCCGGAGGAUUAAUCAGAUUGAGGCGUGGAGUUGACAUUCGGGGGACCUCAUCAACUUAAAUCUCUUGACGUGCGCUCGGCCUUGUGAACAAUGGUCGACAACCGCUACGCCACAGCUCUGGUCAUCGCCUGUGUGCUGAGCCUUCUGGCCACCGUUUAUCUGUCAGUGGCCAUCGGGACGCAGCACUGGUACCAGUAUAGCAGCCCCACCGUCCGCGGGGAAGCUAACGUGUCCGAACUGCGCAAUCUGUAUGAGGAGUUCAUGGAUGGGGAGUUUGAUGAGAAAACUUACAGUGACACGUUGUUUCGCCUCAACGGCACAGUGGGCCUCUGGUGGCGGUGUGUGAUCGUCCCUGCCAACGCUGUGUGGUACAGAGAGCCAGAUGCCAAAAUGGUGCUGGACUGUCGGAGCUUUACUCUGCCUCAGCAGUUUACACCCAAGUACAAAGAACCAGGAAACCACAACAGUGGAGAGAACAUGCUACGUACCUAUUUGUGGAGGUGUCAGUUUCUACUACCACUGGUCUCCCUGGGCCUGGUGUUACUGGCAGGGCUGACUGGCUUAUGUGCCUGUUUUUGUGGAAGUCUCAGCCCCACCCUUGGCAUUGGAGUCCUUCACUUGUUGGCUGGAAUCUGCACUUUAGCCACCGUGUGCUGCUACCUGGCUGGGAUGGACCUGCUCCACAAAGUGUCCAUGCUCCCUGAUAAGGUGGACGGCUCCCUGGGCUGGUCCCUCUACUUGGCCCUCAUCUCCUCCCCUCUCCACAUGAUGGCCGCUGCGCUGCUUGUGUGGGUGGCCCACAGUCACAGCCAGAGUUACUACAGAAUGACUGCAUACCGGGUGGCCUAAUCUGAGAUCUCUGGCCUGUUUGUGUCCCUAUCCUACUUUCACAGACAGGAUGUGGGUUAAUCCGAGCAUUAUCCAUUCCCGAGGUGGAGUAACGUGCACACGACAUAAGAUCUCCUGUAUUAGAGUGUUCAAAGUAUAUAGUGUAGUAAGUUAACCAAGCACAUGUUCAAAUACAGUGGUGUCAGUGGAGACUGAAACAUGCUCCUUAUUUAAUUUAAUCUUGUCAGUCACAAACAUAAUUCAGUUUUGCAAGUCAUCUUUUCAUCCCCUUAAUUGGGUAUUUUGAAAUAUUUUUACAGACCAGGGUUCAGCUGACUUUCAGUCUCUAUAUUUAUUUAAUUAAAUUAUUUUAUUUAUUAAUUAAAACAAAAAUAAUUUCCAGGCUAUAAACUCAUCAUCUUUUAGACAUGAAACUUCUAACCCAACCAUUUCAAAUUUAACCCCUAAAAUCAGACAUUAUCACAACAUAAAUGCUUAAGCUUCACAUAACCUGCAAGCACUUAUAUAUUGACCAUAAACGUGUCAUUCAAGAGGACAUUUCUUAAAAUAUGCACAACACAAGGGGGAAAAUUAGGCACAUGAUCCGUGAAAUACGUCUGGUCCAUCAGUUCAUCCAAUUAACUGUCUUAUUAGAAAUGAUCUAAAUGACAGACUUGUAGUUGAAAAAGAGGGCCAGAGAGGAAAGACAGAAAUGUUCCAGAUUACACAAGGUCUGGACUGCAGAUUAACAGACUCAGAAUCAUUUGAAUUAAAAAAGAUAAAACACUUAUUUAUUCUGAAAAGUUUAUAUUUUUUAUCAAAGAAAUAUUUAAAAGUUAUUUAUCAGUACGUUUUUACCAGCUUGCCCAAAUACUAAAAAUUGAAUUAAUUUGACCUGCAAUAACGCCAAGCCCCCAAGUGGGGGCCACUUUUUAAGAAAAACACAAAGAAGGCUCUGUGGUUGCAUUUUUUUGAUCAUAAACAAUCCUUCAACGAUAAGUGGGUCCUUACUUGUCUUCGAUAUUGGCCAGUACGGCCAUACUGAUCGUUGGUAUGACAAAAGGUUGGGGACUGCUUCACUAACUCAUCACCUAUGCAGUGUCACUGUGGUUGGGACUUGAUUGUUCACAACAGGGACUGAUUUUCAAAGUCAUCAAAAGUGUUUGACAUCACUGGGAUAGCAAACUAGCGACUAAGAACCAGUGACUAAAGAACCAGAAGAAUUUUAUUAAUUUAUUUGAAACCAGAGAGUUCUAUUGCUGAGUAGUUAAGGAAGCAGACUUGGGUCUAGAAGGCUUCAGGUUUGAGUCCACCAGCUGCCAAGUUACCACUAAGGUGCUCUGAGCAUAUCACCGUCCUCACUCACUGCUCCCCAGUCGCUUAAAGCUGCCC